AAAAAAAAAAAAAAUAAAAAAAAUCGAGUUUCUAUUUUAACCAACAUAAACUUGACUUCGACGGUUACGUAUUUGAUUCACGUUGUAUUCAUAAUGGCCGACUUCGAGAUUCACUUAUCAUUUCCCUAACUUCAUGAUUGUUGUGUACGGCAUUUGUUUGCGCUGAAGUUCGUCUCUAAUGGUUUUGUUAUUAUCGCUAAUGCCGGUUGAAAGUAGUGAUUCUUCUUAGAAAACAGAAUAAAUACAAAUAAGUGGACUUUUUACAAGAAACUUGACACAUCAGCGUUCAGAUUCGGUAAUGGCCUUGAUACAGCACUUGGAUAGAUGCGGCCAAGACUUUAAUCCAAAGGAAUUUGAAGAUAUUAAAGAAAACAAGAAGCAAGAAACUUGUAAGGAAACAGUCAUAGCUUCUGAGGUCUUAAUGGAUACACAUAUUGAGCAGAUUAAUCAAACUUUUCUAACGACUGUAAAUAAUAAUGAUAUAAUGAUAGUAGGAGAAUCUGAAACUAUACGAGUUGACGAAAAUGGAGACAUUAAAGUAAUAGAAAAGACUGGUAUGGAGAAAUCAGAAGUAGAUCAUAAUUCGUUGGACUUAAAAAUGAAUGAAAAAUUAAAUGAUAUCGUUGACGUUGAAAGAGAUGAUAAAUCUUCGAUGUCAAAUACAUUGGUAACUCCAUCAACCUCUGGCACAGAAGAUAUAUCAGAAGAUAAAAAUAUAAUAACCAUUUUAUCCGGUGGUUCGGAACUUUUGGAUGGAGGUGGUAGUGCCUUGAUAAAUAUGGACCAUAUAAAUGAUGUUGGGCAACUUGACGAAAGUGGAUUACUUCGUGUUAAACAGGAGAUCUCAGAGGUAAAAGUAGAAAAGCUAGAACCAGAAGCAGUUUAUAGCUGUACAACUUGCGACAUGAGCUUCAAUUCCGUUUUUGAACAUAUUAACCAGUUUCAUGAUGGACAAGAAGUGUUACUCGAAAUGGCAGACCAGUUGGACGAUUUAUCAUCUGUACCCACAACUUCUGUUCUCCCAGAGGAAACUGAUAAUACUGCUAAUACGCAAUCUCAAACUAUGAAUACACUUUAUACUGAAGAAUGUGUAGAUAGUGAAGGAAGAUUAUAUACUAGAAAAGUUGUUCAAGUAGAAAGAUUUUGGGAUAGAAAUUCAAUGGAAGUAGUACCACCAGUGCAAUCCGCUAAGGCGCCAAUGAUUGAGAAAUUUUUUUCCAAUGUAGAAGGCGUUAAGGUGAGAGAGAAGAGGAUAGUUCCUACGUCAGUGAAAAUGUACAGAUGUAAUAAUCAAGGUCUCGAACAAUUCAAUAAACUGACAAAUUUUCGAGAGCACGCAUGUCUUCGGGGAAAUAAUCGUUGUGAUACUUGCGAUCAAACUUUCGCAACGUCAAAAGCGUUACAACUUCAUUCCAAGGUACACGAGGCUGAAUCUGAUUCUAAUCAACGAGUAUUUGUAUGUCCUACGUGCGGUACGGAAUUUUGUUCUCACAAAAGCUUACGAUUGCAUUCUCGUAUGCACGCGCCGGUGAGAGCAAGACAUGUCGAUGCACCGGAAGGACAUCGAGAUGCGACCUUUACUUGUCCCGAGUGUGGUAAAACUUUAUCAGAAUCGUAUAAAGAAGCGCACAUGUCAUUGCAUACAGGUGAAUCUGUAACUUGUACAGUUUGUAACAGAAAGUUUGACUCUGCUGAUAGUUUAGCGAUGCAUGCCGCGGUCCACACCGAAUUGAGUCAAUCACAUUCUCCGACUCCUCCUACGAGCGAAGUCAAUGAGUCGACUGAAAAUCAAAAACCCUAUCAGUGCCAACACUGCGGUAGAAGAUUUACUAGACCGCACGAGAAGGUAAAACACGAACGUAUUCAUACCGGAGAGAAGCCUCAUAUUUGCGAAGUUUGUGGAAAAACUUUUCGUGUUUCAUACUGUUUGACGUUACAUAUGAGGACACAUACAGGAGUAAGACCAUACGGCUGUCAACAUUGCGGCAAAAGGUUUAAAGCUUCUUCUGUGUAUAAUCAUCAUUUACUUACUCACGGAGAGGAGCGUGCUUAUACAUGUCCUUAUUGUCCAAAAACGUUUAAAACUAGAGUACAGUUAGCCGGUCAUAAGAAUAGUCAUACCAAGCCAUUUCGUUGUACGGAAUGCUCGAGACCUUUCGCAUCUUUGUACGCGGCAAGAGCGCACAUUCAAACGCAUAAGAAAGACAAUAAUUUAAAAUUUAGUUGUAAAAUCUGUGGAGCGUCUUACGGUAGAGCGUUUGCUUUAAAAGAUCACUUGAAACAGCAUGAUCAAGAUACAUUGAUUCUCCCGGAGCCUGCACGAGAGGAAGAAGUACGCGAAGCUGGUAAUUUCUUGUUUACAGAAGAGGAUAUUGAAGAAAAAUUAAUUAUUCCAUCUUCUAUAACUGUCGUACAAUCUUCUGAGCCAGAAGAUACGGAUUAAAAUUGUGAUAUCUAGUCGGUAAAUUGUUCUAACUUGUAGUUUACUGUUUCGCGUUUGUUUAUUUGUUUGGGAAUGAUGAAACGAUUGGAAUUUUUCUUCAUUACACAAUAUUUAAAUAUCUAUUCUAUUCUAUUCUAUUCUUCUAUUUUUACGAAAACGUUGUGUUAUAAUGUAAUAUAACUUAUGACUUUGACUUGUGAUAGCAAUGUAAAUGAACAUUUUACUUUGCUACAAAAGCAAGUAAGCAAAUAUUCGAAUGAAAAAUAUUUUUUAAAAUUA